GGGGAGCGGGGGAGCCGGCGUGGGCGGCCUCACAGCCUCUCCGCCGGGCCUGCCGAGCCCCCGGCCCGGGCCGGCCUCCGCUUGCUGGGAAGGGGCGCCGCGACGCGUUCCCCGGCCUGUGGACCGGAGUAGGGUUCUCUGUCCCACCCCAGCCAAAGUGAGAGAGGGCGACAAGGCUUUCGAUCGGGAAACAGCCUCCUGUUUCCUGUUGCUGUAUCCUGGAAAAGAGCUGCGGCUGAUGAAGUGUCAGCGGGCUAGACAUCCUGUACCGGAAUCCGCGGCGCUGGCUUCUGUGCCGGGGAGGGGAUGCUUCCCGUUUGGGGGUCGGAGGGUGGCUCUUCCGCCGGAGAGCCUGCAGAGUUCGGGUUGUGAGCUGAGCAGGAAAAGGUGGACCUUUCCAGAGCCACCCUCUUGCAGUCUUGAACCUUAAGAAAAGAUGUGGAGUGGGCUGCUACCUCCUGGCCUAAAUGAAAGUGAUAUUGAGUUGAGUUCUGAAGAUGAAGCCACGUUAGAGAAUUCUGGACUUAACUUACAGGAAGAUAAAGAAGAUGGGACCAUAACAAAAACAGAGAGCUCAGAUUUCCCUACAGAUGGAAUGGAAGCCAAAGGAGAAGCAAAUGUGAAUGCAUAUGAAGAGUGUCCCUCUGGAAUUCCUUUCAGCACGUGGAAUAGAUUUCAAGAAUUGCAUAAAAAACAUUCUGAACAGAAAACCUCAACUUUAAGAUUCAGAAAGAAAAAAAGAAAACGAUCCAGAAAAGGUAAAUUGAAGAAUGAAGAAGAAUCUCGGAGUGAGCAGUCCUCGAGGGAAACCCAGUGGAAGGAGCUUACUCAGUAUUUUGGAGUCAAUGAUAGGUUCGAUCCCCCUGUUAAAAAGAAAAAAAUUGACAAGUCAGGCCUUGAAAAGAGCGUAGACCAGGCUGUGGAAGAGUGGGACAUUGAGAAGGCGGAGGAGCUCAGCAACCAGCUAGCUACUCGAGAGCCCAGAGCAAAGAAACUUGCUGUCUCUGUCAGUCUGCGCAGCCUUAUCAGGGGUCAGUUCCCGCUCGGCCUACUGAAUGCUGAAAUGGCUUCAAGAUCCUCAUCACUACCCUGUGGACCCUCGAGGGGCCUCAGUUUGGGAAGGAUUUCCAUCCAGGAGCUUGGUGUAAAAAUUGCCAAAGCAGUUGCCUGCCACAACUUUGUAAAAGCCAAAAAGGAUGCUGAAAAUUCACAGGUUGCUCGAAAAAAGAAGAAACUUGCAUGGGGGUUUGAAGCAAAGAAGAGAUGGGAAACCAAAAGCAACAUGGGAUAUAUGUAACUUGCCAGAGUUCUUCAAGACGUUUGAGUCUUUGAGUUUUCCCUUGAGUCUUCAAUUGCUCAAUUUACUGAAAAGAUUUUCCUGUUUAUGUUCACUGUGUCAGGAAAUUGAUAGACGUAGAAAAAAUAAGCAUAAAAUUUGCGAGUUGAUUAUCACAUCUUUUCAGUCUCUUUCUUAAGAGCUCAUCCUAUUGAAGUAAAUGAAGUGCAGCAUUCUGUUAUUAGUGCGAGAAAUCUAAGCAUACAUGGAAAAAAGGAUGGGAUUUUAUUUAUUUAUAUAGACCUUCGGUAUAAGAUCAAUUUUACUUUUAUCCAUUUGGUGUAGCAUAGCCAGUGAGCUCCUUGUACUUUCUUAUCUGUGCUCAGUGUAACUGCACUUAUUCUGGAAUUGUGUUGUUUUUUUUUAAAGAUUGGCACCCGAGCUAACAUCUGUUGCCAAUCUUUUCUUGUCUGUUUUUUUUCCUCCUUCUCCCCAAAGCCCCCCAGUACAUAGUUAUAUAUUCUAGUUGUGAGUGCCUCUGGUUGUUGGAAUUGUGCUUUUAAGAUUGGCAUUUGUUUAUAAUGGAUUAAUCAUAAGUGCAAGAAAGUCCCAAUUGACAUUGUCCUUACAAAUGACUUUAUCUUAACGUUAUGGAAGUAAUUAUUGGUUCUUUAUUGGAGGCAGUAGAGUUAAUGUUUCACAGUCAUAUAAUAAAAACAAUUGAUUAAUUUUUGUGUACCUGCAGAUAAAAUAUUACAAUAAAAAAGGACAGAAUGUAGUAUUUGGAGGAUGAUUUAAAUUCAACUCUGCCUGGAAAUAUGUUUUUAACUCUCUCUCUCAGCUGUAUCAUUCUUUAAAUUAUGAGAUGGCUCUUAGAAGAAGACAUGGUAUGGUUGUAUUAGCUGGUUGUAACUCCAGACAAUAUAACUUUGAACUUUCUGAGAA